UCGCCAGGCCUUCACUCGUCAUUCAAGAUGGCGAUCUUUAGUGUAUACAUUCUAAAUCGAGCAGGAGGACUUAUUUAUCAUUACGAUCAUUUUACACCCAAAAGCGAGGUGGAAAAGACAUUUAGCUACCCUUUAGAUAUUAUGCUUCGCGAAGAUGAUAAGUUGGUCGUAAUAUUUGGUGAAAGAGAUGGCAUAAAAGUUGGCCAUGCUUUGCUGGCAAUAAACGGUGAACCUGUAACAGGGAAACGCUUGCCCGACGGAAGAGAGGCAAUGGAAGUCAUAAAAAACCAAGAUAACUACCCAAUAUCCUUGAAGUUUGGUCGUCCAAAAUUGACAACAAAUGAACGGAUCAUGUUAGCAAGCAUGUUUCAUCCGCUUUAUGCAAUCUCUGCAAAGCUGUCCCCAGAACAGAGAUCUUCUGGAAUUGAAGUCUUAGAAGCUGAUUCAUUUAAACUCCAUUGUUAUCAGACACACACAGGCUUGAAGUUCAUUGUAUUAACAGACCCAAAACAACUUGGAAUGGAUAUUUUCCUCAAAAAAAUUUAUGAGCUGUAUUCAGACUUUGCCCUGAAGAACCCAUUCUACUCACUGGACAUGCCAAUAAGGUGUGAACUAUUUGAUACCAACCUACAGAAAGCCUUAGAACAAGCUGAGAAAUCAAAUCUUUAUUCAAGUAAUCCUUCCUUAGCUUAAACAACACCCCACCAAGAAAGGGAUGGAGUGUAUGAAAUUGUUGAACUAAUGAGACAACAAAUGCUUCUUUCAAAUUGAAAGAAAUGGAUUCAAUACAAUUACAUGAACUGAAAUGCCACAUCACUCGUUGAGUAUUGAAGGAGAGAACAUAAAGUAUUUGUCAGAAAUAAUUGUUGUUUGAGAACCUUAGAGUAUAAUAGACAAAAAUGUCUGAAGAGUUUAAAAGCUACAUAGUUUUUACAUAUUUACUUCAACUGAUUAUGACUGUGAGCUGGAAACUGGAGUUGAUUUCUUCAGAUUAAGUAAUUUUACUGGAACAUUCAAGGGGUUUAGAGAAGACAGUGGUGUCUUUGGUUUGCCAGAACUACUGGGACCUGGAUCAGAGGUGCUGCAUGCUGCUUCAGCUUGACCUGAAGGAACUUGUGUCUGCUCUGAAGAUAAGGCAGUAUCCUGACUCUGCAUCACUUCUUUGUACUUGUUAGUGAUAAAGUUUACUUGGCUACUAAUGUCAUGACCUGCAAGACGACGAUCAAGGUCUGCCAUCAAGUCCAAGAUAACUCGAGCACCUGCAGUGAAAAAAGAAGGAAAAGACUCAUUAUAUUGAUUGGAGUUUUACAUUUGGGGUCAAGAAUGUAAACAUAAAUGAGUCUUUGUUCAGAAUCCUGUGUGUGAUGGUGAAUGAAAAAGUUGUUCAUAUGAGAAUGUUAUUGAGAGCUACAAGGUUAUGUAGACAAAUAAAAAUAAAAUCAACAAUUUAAAGUAAA